UAGCGUGAAAAUGCAUCUUGGCGCUUUGAAAACGCACGGAUUCAGGUUUGGAGGGGCGGUGAAUUACCCCUCCUUUUUGGGCAGCAACUGUGAUUCACGCCAAAGCGAAAGCAAGUAAACAGCUCUUUGACAGUUAUUCUCUCGAGUUCGAAACUUAUCACACACUUUCUAUUUCAAAUACUUCCUCAAACGACCGAAAAUGGCUCCAGGAGGACCCCCAGGAAGCAGCAGCAGAGGACGUGGCGGAAAGUUCAAGAAGUUCACUCGCGGAGGCGGCAAGCACUUCUCGAAGAACCUACGACCUCUCGAUGCCGAUGGAAACGAGCUCGGAAUGUGGGGUGAAGGCGCUGAGGCUGCCGAAUCCUCUGAGGAAGAAGAGGAGGACGACUCCGAAGAGGAGAGCGAGGAUGACGCCAACAAGCCCGAGAUGACCCGUGAGGAGCGCCGUGCCGCUGCUAAGGCGAAGAAAGAGGCUGCUAUCGCGAAGAAGAAGAACACCGUGGCACAGCCCGGCGAUCUUCCAAGCAGCUCGGAGGAAGAGGAGGAUAGCGAGGAUGAUGAUAUGCCUGCCAACCCCAACCAUAGCAAGGCAGCCAGGAACCAGGCGAGCGCACCACCUAUCAGUGUGGACGAGGCUGCCGACGGAGUCAAGGGCCUUAGCGUCGGUGGCAAGGGCAAGCCAAAGCCAGUUGGCGAGUUGAGCAGACGCGAGAGGGAGGCGUUACAAGCGCAACAAGCCAAGGAGAGAUAUCAGAAGAUGCAUGAGGCUGGCAAGACCGAUGAAGCGAAGGCUGAUUUGGCAAGACUGAAGCUGAUUAAGGAGAAGAGAGAGGCUGAGGCUGCGAGGAAGCAGGCUGAGAAGGAAGAGCGUGAAGAGGCCGAUAAGGCCAAGAAGGCGGAAGUCGAGGCCCGCGAGCAGAAGAGGAAGGAGGCUGCUAUGGGGCCCACCAAGAAGAAGGUUGUCAAGAAGUAAACUUGCUGUUGUUCUUGGAUUAGUUCGAGAGGCCCACAAGGCGAAAGCUGGGGUCCUCCAGACAUCUUCAACAGAACUUUUACCAGCCGCCUGUUGGAAUUAUCAUCGUGGGAAAGUGGAUAACUAUCUCGCAUACGUUCUCUUACAUAGAUUAUACUAUAUGAGAUUUACUAUGACAAAUAAUGAUGGACGAUUUUAGUGCUGGU